UAUCGGAUUAAAUUUAAGAAAAUGGCCUUGUGUAGUUUGAGAGUGGUCGACUUUAGAACUCGUUAUUGUAUUGGCGGAUCCAAAUUCAAAAAACCUGUUAAUUUCUCUUGUUUGGCAGUAAGAUUCAGUUCUUCAUCUUCUUCACAAGGGGUUAUUGCAUCUUCGAUGACUUACGAGAAGGAGCUCGCUGCUGCAAAGAAAGCAGCCACUCUCGCUGCUCGUCUCUGCCAGAAAGUGCAAAAGGCUCUGCUGCAAUCUGAUGUCCAUUCAAAAUCAGACAAGAGUCCUGUUACCGUAGCUGAUUAUGGUUCACAAGCUUUGGUCAGCUUUAUACUUGAGAGAGAACUUCCUUCUGAACCAUUUUCGUUAGUAGCUGAGGAGGAUUCAGGGGAUCUUCUUGAAGAGAGUGGUCAAGAAACAUUAAAGCGCAUUACAGAACUUGUAAAUGACACUCUAGCUACUGAAGUAUUAGAUGGUUUUUCUACUUUAACCGCAGAAGAUGUUAUUAGAGCCAUUGACAGUGGUAGGUCUGAAGGAGGUUCUAGUGGUUGGCAUUGGGUUUUGGACCCCAUAGAUGGAACUAAAGGGUUUCUUAGAGGAGACCAAUAUGCUAUAGCAUUAGCUUUGUUGCAUGAAGGGAAAGUUGUAUUGGGAGUCUUGGCUUGUCCAAAUCUUCCACUAGCAUCCAUUGGCAGCAAUCAGGAACAUUCUGGUAACGAAGUUGGUUGUCUUUUCUUUGCCACAGUUGGUGAUGGUGCAUAUAUGCAGACUCUGGCUGGUUCUUCAAAAACUAGGGUGCAUGUCAGUGCAACUGAGAAUCCUGAAGAAGCAUCAUUUUUUGAAUCUUUCGAAGCCGCACACUCCUCUCAUGACUUGUCUAGUUCCAUUGCUGAAAAACUUGGCGUCAAGGCACCACCAGUUAGAAUUGACAGCCAAGCAAAAUAUGGAGCGCUGUCAAGAGGAGAUGGGGCUAUAUAUUUGCGUUUUCCUCACAAGGGAUACCGUGAAAAAAUAUGGGACCAUGCUGCUGGCUGCAUCGUUGUGACUGAGGCUGGAGGUCUCGUCACUGAUGCUGCAGGAAACCCUUUGGACUUUUCAAAAGGAAGGUUUCUUGAUGUCGCUUCUGGCAUUAUUGUCACAAACCAGAAACUGAUGCCUCAGCUUCUGAGAGCAGUUAAAGAAUCCAUCAACGAGAAAGCAUCAUCCCUGUAAUUUCCAUUCAAAAAAGACGAUUCUAUUUCUGAGCCUGCUGUCAUAUCCACUCUUUUUAAUUUUCUUCUCAUCUCUCUGCUCCUGUGUAGUAAGACUGUUGUGAAGCUAAAGCGACAAUGCUUUGACAUAACAUAAACACCCACCAAAAUGGCGAUCUCUAGUGCCUCAAGGCAUUUUAAAUGCCACCAACAGGCUUAUGAAGAUGAGGAUGUGCUGAGCCAUUCUUGAACUAUUGGCACCCAAUAUUUACCAAGCGCAGCAUAUAAAUUGAUGAA